AUGGACCAUAGAAGUGCACAAGGGGAAAAAUUUGCAGAAAAUAUAAAAGAGAUACAUGAGCAGGUCAAGAAGACAUUGCAGCAGAAUAAUGAGAAGUACAAGGCACUAGCAGACAAAAUAAGAAGUGAAGUACACUACAAGGUUGGUGAUCUAGUGUUGGCCUACUUGAGGAAGGAUGGACUACCGAAGGGACAACCUAGUAAGCUAUGCAUGGAGAAGAUUGGACCUCUUAAGGUAAUGUAUAAGUUUGGCAAUAAUGCCUAUGAGUUAGAGUUACCUCUAAACUUGGGCAUAUCCCCAAUAUUCAAUGUAUGUGAUUUGUAUCCAUACAAAGGGUCUCAGACAACUACAAAUCAAGAAGAAACUAGUGCUAUUGAAUAUGUAGAAUGGUUAAAAGAUUUAUCUCCAAGCCAACCAGUCACAUUAGAAUGCAUUUUGGAUUCUAAGGUUGUGAAAAAGACUAGGAAAGGAGUCUAUAAAGACUACCCGAUCAAAUGGAUAAGACUACCAGAGUCAGAGGCUACAUGGAUGUUAGAGAGAGAUAUAUUACAACAUGGUACCAUUGUUCAAGCCUUAUCCACUCAAGAGACUUGA